UCACAUGAAUACAUGCCGCUUGUGCAGUGUUGCCUCGACUGACCGUUCCUCCUCGAGAUCUGCGCGGGCGUCCUGCAGCCUGCGCCGCAUCGUGCGGGCCUCCGCACCAGCCGCCUCGAGGUCCCUGUCGUAUCGCUCCCUCGCCGCACUCAGCUCCUGUGUCACAGACACACAUAUCCGUGUGUGGGGUGGAGUCCGUGUCAUGUCAGACUCACCUCCUCUGCGCGCUUGAGCAGAUCCUCCAGGGAAUCCACUUCACUCUGGUCGGUCGGACACACACAGAGCAGAGGUGCACGCUCAACCCAUCCAUCCAUCAUCUCAUACCUCCUUCUCCUGCUCUAGCCGAAUGGUGACAGCCUGGAGGUUCCUCGCAGCCUCCUCACUGAGACCACAAUCGACAACACACAUGGACCACUUGCCUCCCCUCGUCCGUGUCUGUGCCUACCGAUCAUUCCUCUCGCGCGCUUUGUGGGCAGCCAGCUCACUCCUGCAUGACAGCACACCACAGCAGCAGGUGAAUGGCUCGGUCUUGACCAAGUGAGACAGUCAGUGUUUGCGAAUCGGUGGGAAAUUCUCUCACGUACUCGCUGACGACAGGAAAGAACACACCAGACCCACAUACAGAUACAAGUGAGUGACACAUGGGUGGACCUAUCCGUCAUGCGUUCCUUACAGGAAAGCGGUGUAGUGCAGCGAGUCUUGCUCGCUGUCCUCGCGCUCCUCCUCGCGCUCCUGCUCGUGCGCCUUGACGAGCAGAAGCGCGCUACUCAGGUCCUCCCGCAGCCUCUUGCUGGCCUUCUGUUCCUCGUCGAUUUUCUUCUCGGCCGCCUUCAGCCUCUCCUUGGCCUCCCAUGCGUUCCAAUCGUAGCUGGCCCAGUCGUCCUCGUCGUUGGUAUAGCCCUCGUCGGGCCGUCUCCAGCCGUCGGCCUGCGGGGGGCUGGAGAGAUGACAGAUGAGAUGGACAGAUGAGAUGGACAGAUGAGAUGGACAGAUGGAAUGGACAGAGUUUAUCGCUUUGUGUGUGUGUGUGGGAGGGGGGGUUGGCACCUUUUCGAGUUCUUUCUCGUUAAGCUGGUUCCUGUGCUGGCUCUCGAGGGCCUCCUUGUCCAACGUCAGCCGCCGAAGGCUCUCCUCCCACUGCUGCGCCUCGGUGGCCUCGAGCUGCCGCUCCAUCUUGUUGGGUUUGGUGUGCUUGGGGGCUGAUGGAGGUGCCAGUGGCUGUGAGGGGCUCUGAUGUGGGGGGCUCUGGUGUGGGGGGAUUGAUGUGGUGGUGGGCUCGGGGAGGGAGCCGACGACAGCGAGGACGGAUUUGUUCUCCACUGGGCCGGGACUUGACGCCUCAGUGCAUAAAUACAU